UAAAAAGAAAUCGCGUUUAUUUUGAAAGACUUUUGUCCGUUUUGUAAUAUAAUACUGAAGCUACCACCAAUGUAAACUUUAAAUAUUGGAGAAAAGAUUACUGUUAGCGUUUUAUUGAUAAAUCAAGUCUUGUUAUAAAUUCAAAAUUUAUGAGAUAACUUAUGAGGAUGUAUAUGGUCAAUAUGGUGCUUUUUAAAAACAAUUGUUCAAAAAUCGUCAUUGUUAUUCAAUCGCUAUUGGUUAUAGUGAUAUUUGCAUGGUACACAAGGACAGACAACGCAUUGCUUAAACACCGGCUGCCAACAAACAGACAUGAGCUUAUGAACAAGUCUGUGCACGACCAAGGUAUCAACAGGUUUCAAACGUAUAAACCUAAUUUGACAGUCUCAACUUCUGCUCCACCGAGAAGCCACUUGUCAACAAAACUUGAUGACUAUAUGAGCAAUAGACUAGCGUCAAUUCGAGACACAUGUUCGGGUUACAUGCAAAAUCCAUACUGGCAAAAUCUUCAUCAAGGUGGCAGAGUUUGGACGUACGAACAAAUACAUUAUUGCAUAGUUCCAAAGGUUGGAUGUACAUUCUGGAAACGUAUCAUGCGAUUUGUGAGUAAAGAUUAUCCGGAUAAUCAGAAUAUAAACAAACCUUCAGACAUUGACAGAAGUUAUGUUCAUUAUGGUAAUAUAAAAAAUAUUCGACAGUGGAGUGUGCAUAAUCCAGUUUCCCAGAUGUUGAUGGCUAACGGGAAAUCAUUUAUGUUUGUUCGUAAUCCUUUUUCUAGGUUGUGGUCAGCGUACAUUGAUAAAUUUUUGCUUCCAGAUUUCUGGAGAACUGAUGCUCGUGCUGUCGUAAAAAAGGUACGGCGAAAUCGGCCUGAAUACGAAGAUAAAUGUGCAAAUAAUGUAACAUUUCAUGAAUUUCUUUUGUUCAUCAAUAUGACGCAUAAAGUAGGUUUGAACGAACAUUGGGACAAAAUACAUCGACUUUGUAGUCCAUGCCACGUGCAGUAUGACGUCAUUGGUAGACAAGAAUCGUUCGGAUUAGAUGCAGAUUAUAUAAUGUCAAAGUACAAUCUGGAACAUCUCAAAGAAAAUGUUACAAAACAAGAUUUGGUUCGUGAAGAAAUUGUUACGAUAACAAAAUAUAACUUUAGAUUAGAGUCAAGUAUUCAGAAAGGUUGUUUUGACAAAGUCGAUGUAGCUAAGAGAUUAUGGUUGACCUUCCAAUACAACGGGUAUAUCCACCGAGAUUCAAAACUUCCAGAAGAUAACUUAGCAAUACCAGAAUUUUUCAAAACUCCAACAGAAAUAUUCUUGAUUUUAGUCUUUCAAACCUUAGAAAAUCAAAAUAAAAAGGGAAUUGACUUAAAAGGACAGAAACAAUCUAUGAUGCUUGACGAAUACAGGAAAAUCCCAGAACGUUUGAUAUCAGAUAUAGCUACAAUAUAUGACUAUGAUUUUGAGCUAUUUGGUUACAAUAGAAAUGUUCUCAGAUGAACUGACAUGUAACGGUAGUCUUGUGUUUCAGGAGGUGGGUUACACAUGUUUAUGCGUGGAAAAAGACCUUCAGUGUUGUACACACUGUUUUAAACAAAUACAAUAUAUACCAUUGAAAAUUUUAUUUUCUCAUUCACUGACUAAUCUACGAUGAAUCAUCUAAAAGAAGAAUGAUUUUCCAGUUCCCAAUGUGAGCAAACAACGUUUUAUAUUGUGACAGAUUAAAUGUUUGCGCUUGUAAAGUUUCUCGGUAAUGGAUUUACUUGCACAAUAAUAAAAACGCUUGUUACUACUUGUGUGAAAACAUUCAAUCAUUCGGUGUAUACUGUUGCGACUUUUUCAGCCAAUUAUGUUAGUUAUUACAUCUACACAAUUUAGACUGAUAAAUACAAAACUAAUUGUAUUAAAAUAAAAUUAAAACCGAUUUUUAUUUUGAUAAACGUGAACAUUUUGCUUUAUCUAUAUUUUUGAUGCUGACAAGUGUAUCCUGCAAGUAUGCUGUAGUGGAUAUCAUACUGGACCGGCAAUCCAGAGACCCGUGGCUCGAAUCCCGGCUGCGGCGUGUAUAUAUAUUGGGCGGGAAAAUGCAAAUAAACUCAUUUGUCAUCCUGUUCCGCUGAGACUGGAAAAAACUUUCUUAACAAAACCAAACUAAGUUGUAAUGCCUAGCUAUACGUACCAUAUUAAGCAAAGUCAUAUGAUAUAUAUUUAAAGGAUAAGAACAAAAAUAUUCAUAGUCUAUCCUCCAUGCAUCCACCUAUAUAGGUAUUCCGUGACAACUACGAAAAGCUCGGUAUCUCCAUGCCUAUAACUGUUCAUAUUAAAACAACUAUAGUAUAUGUCAAAGACCCAUGUUACCAUACGUUAUAUCAUUACACUUGAUAGAUUCUUUAACGGAGACGGAUUAGAAAAAUAGAUUUAUUGUAUUUUCUACACGUUAUUUAUUGCGAACUGUUUCCUAGAGACAGAAUGAUGCAUGAGAAGUUUUCAUCAGUGAUUUGCUAUAUUUAGAUAUCGUGAGACACAUAGAACACUUUAUCUUUUGGUCACAGAUCUUUGGGAUUGGCUCUAUAGCAUAUAAAAUUGCGACAAGAAAUGUCUUCAUACCCACACUUUUAUUCAAGUGGUUUAUUUAUCAUCAGUUAAAAUGUUGUAUCAGCAUAUUUAUUAAUACAGGUCGCUAGGAAAUUCGGUUUUAAUAGUAGUCGGUUUUGAAAAGGAUUGUUAGUUGCUUUAACAAGUUGUUUUUGGAUAGUGCCAAUCAAAUAGUGCCAAUCAAAUGCACGUUUCAAUUUGUCGUUUCUUCAUUUACAUUAAUAACCUAUAAAAAGUUUUAACCUUAGCCACUGAGCAUACUUUUUCACCAUUUUUUAAAUUAAAUUUUCUUCGGCUUGCCGCAAUAUAUUACAUUAUUAUAAAAGCAGAUAAUUUUGUCCUGAGAAAUUAGUCAGUUUGUUAUAGUUGUUUCCCUUGCAAUGCACAAUUUACAUUCCGAUUUGUUUUCUUUUAAUGCACGAAUUGUAUAUGUCUUGAUUCGUAACCUAUUAUUCAGUA